AUGCUCUCGAGGCUGUCGGCGGCAGGCCUCAAACCAGCUGCUUUGUUGCGCUCGGUGAAGAACUCGAACAUCGCAUCAGCUUCCAGGUCCUCGGCUCGCUUUGCUUCGGGUUCAGCAUCCGCAGGUGCUGCUGAGUCCGCCUUCUACUCGCGGACCGCCCUUGUGUCGGCCUCACUUCUGACCGCCGGGUCGAUUGCCUGGUACACUCAUCUAUUUGGCUCCCUACCCUUCAUCGGCGAAGUGCACGCAAGUCAUCUCAGCGACGAAGGUCUACAUCCAACUGCGUACCCAUGGCCGCACAAUGGUCUGCUGGAUACCUUCGACCACGCUAGCAUACGACGAGGAUACCAAGUGUACCGCGAGGUGUGCGCAGCAUGCCACUCGCUAGAUCGCAUUGCAUGGCGCAACUUAGUUGGUGUCUCGCACACCGCUGACGAGGCUCGCGCAUUGGCGGAAGAAGUUGAAUAUGAAGACGGUCCGAAUGACCAGGGCGAGAUGUUUCAACGCCCAGGAAAACUUGCUGAUUACAUGCCGCGACCAUAUCCGAACGAAGAAGCUGCGCGUGCCGGUAAUGCUGGUGCAAUGCCCCCUGACCUCAGUUUGAUCAUCAAAGCUCGCCAUGGUGGUGCAGACUACGUAUUCUCUCUACUCACCGGUUACAUUGAUCCCCCCGCUGGCGUCGAAAUCCGUGAAGGCAUGAACUACAAUCCGUACUUCCCCGGCGGAGCUAUUUCCAUGGCUCGGGUCCUGUUUGACGGCCUGGUUGAGUACGAUGAUGGCACCCCUGCAACAACGUCCCAAAUGGCCAAGGAUGUCGUGACAUUCUUGAACUGGGCUGCAGAGCCAGAGCACGACGAGCGAAAGAAGUACGGCAUCAAGGCCGUGAUACUGUUCUCCACUCUUUGGGCUAUCAGCAUUUACGUUAAGCGCUACAAGUGGGCACCUCUCAAGAACAGGAAAAUUUUCUACAACCCACCCGGCAACAAACUGCACUAG